GAUGAAAAAGAAAACAAUAAAAAAAAAGUCCUGGCUGAUUACCAAAUUAGAUUAUCUGCCAGUGCAGGAAGUGUUAGACAAGGGAGAAACAAGUUUCAUAGAACAAAUGAUCAAACAUUUAUCAUAAGUCCUUUAUUAAGUAAAAUAAAUCCCUUUAAACUAGCUGUUCGUGCUUCUUUCUGUGUUUCUUCUUUCUCACUUUUAGAGAUAUGAUCUGAAAACAAGAGCAAUUGAACAAGCUGAGUUUUCUGAAUUGCUGGAGUGGCAGUUCAUACUGGGGGUGUUGUGGGUGGAAGUGGUUCAGGCAGUAGAACAGGUUGUCCAGUAACUGGAAGGUUGGUGCUUCCACUCCCACUUUAUCCUGGUCAAUCUGCACCUGGGGAAGACAUUUCACCCACCUUGUCUCCAUUCUGGUGUAUCAAUGUUUGGUUGGUGUUGGAGACACCGCCGGCACAGCUGCAAGAGUUUUUAUCCUUCCAGCAGAAUGCCAAGCCAGCUUGAGGGUGCCAUGGACGCACUGAUAACAGUUUUCUACAACUACUCUGGAAAUGAUGGCGAUAAACACAAGCUCAACAAAGGCGAGCUGAAGCAGCUCUUGAACAGCGAGCUCACGGACUUCCUCAUGUCUCAGAAAGAUCCGAUGCUGGUGGAGAAAAUCAUGAAUGACCUAGACUCUAACAAGGACAACGAGGUGGAUUUCAACGAGUUUGUUGUAUUGGUGGCCGCCCUGACUGUCGCCUGCAAUGACUUCUUCCAAGAGCAGAAUAAAAAUAGCAAGUAGAUGCAUGCAGAAUAUCAAGUGUAAACUAAAUAUAAAUCCCCAACUAGUGAUCUUAUCACAUUUAAUGUCAUAUCAACUAAUUAUUUAGAAAUUUUCCCAAUGUAAGGUUGUGAAUUAAAUUAAUCUCUCUGACUGAUCCAAACUAUUAUCAUGUUCAUUUUGCAAUGAAUCAGUGUAAUUCAACCAACUCUGAUUAAGCUCUAAAACUCUUUUAGUUUUGUUUGUUAUUGUUAGUUAAUUCAGUGAUUUCCUCUAAAAAUAUCUUUGUCAUCUAAAGCUGUGUUUGUAUGUUAGCUUUUGUCCCAGCAGAUCUCCCAGCUCAGAC